UCUAAAUGAAAUGUCAAAAAUUCUGAACCGUCAUCCAUUGCAACGAGUCGGUAUUUUUAUGUGUUUAAUUUUAUUAAGACAAUAAACUACAAUAAUCGUUAGGAUGUCGGCUAAUAAGGAGGACACAUUACGACAGUUUUGUGACGUGACCGGCGCUGAUGAAACUCGCAGUCGUUUCUUUUUGGAAUCAUCGAAUUGGCAGCUUGACGUAGCGUUAUCUAGUUUCUAUGAGCACGGAGGUAGUGUAGACGAGGCGCCUAUACCUACGGUUGCUCCGGCGUCGUUGCCGACCCUGUCGGACAGCGACAUGGAGUCCCCGCCGGCGUCCCCGGUGCGACAGAAGAAGGAGAAAAAGAAGCCCACUGGAAACUUCGCGACGUUAGGGUCGCUCCAGCAGGAGAGUUCCAGUGAUGAAGAUGAAGGGCAAGCAUUCUACGCCGGCGGGUCAGAAAGGUCUGGCCAGCAGAUCAUUGGCCCAGGCAAGAACAGGAAAGACAUAGUCACUGAGAUGUUCAAAAGUGUCAGAGAACGUGGGGCUGUGGUUUUUGAAGACGAGCCAACAACAGCCAACCGGGGCCGCGGUGGCGCCUUUAGCGGUACUGGCUACAGACUUGGACAGACAUCAGAUGAUCACGAGCCAGUGUCGGCGCCGGGCGCGCAGUCGCAAGGGGAAGACAUCCGCGCCGUGCGCCUGCGUCUGUAUAGAGAGGGCUUUACCGUGGACGAGGGCCCCGUGCGCUCCUACACCGACCCGGAGCAUGCGGAGUUCUUAGACAGCAUACGCCGCGGGGAGAUUCCUGCGAGUCUCGGCGGCGCUGGCGCGGUGCGGGUGUCGCUAGAGGACCGGCGCCACGAGCCCGCGCCCGCGGUUAAGUCGCAGCUCUUCGCUGGCAAGGGGCAGAUGCUCGGCAGUCCGACGCCGCCAGUGGUGGGUGCGCCGGCGGCGGCGGGCACGCCGGCCGCGGCGGCCGCCGACCGCGACGCCAACACGCGCGCCGCGCAGGCCGCCGUGCAGCUCGACGACGCCCAGCCCGCCACCUCCAUACAGUUCCGGCUAGCGGACGGCAGCCGCGUGGCGGGCCGCUUCAACCUGUCGCACACGGUGGCCGACCUGCGGCAGUUCGUGGCGCGCGCCGAGCCCGCCUACCAGGCGCGGCCCUUCCUGCUGCUCACCUCCUACCCCUCCGCCGAGCUGGCCGACGCCACCGCCACCGUGCAGCAGGCCAACCUCGCUAACAGCACGCUGCUGCAGCGGCUCAAGUAAACACUUAUAGUACGGCCACACUGUGUUCCUCGCUCUGCUCCGCUCGCUACCGCGAUGUUGCCCGCUCUGGCCACACACUCGAAACCCUCCCCAUUUCACAUUGCCAGUCCUUCGACUCGCGCCAAAAAACCGACAAAAAACAGAGAUCACAUCUCUCCCUAUUUAGUCGCUUUUAUGACGAGAAGCAUGACGAGCGGCAUGGCGAGUAACGAGGCCUCACUACGACCAAAGAGAAUUUAGUAUAAAGGCGGAUUGUCAAAAGUAAUUUUAGUAGACACAGUCAAUUUACUGCCAUCUUAAAACUUUUAGAACGCCAUUUAACUUUGAUCUUAGUUCUUUCACUGAUGUGUUAAAUUUGUUAAAUGUCAAAAAGUGACGCCAUCUACACGAGCAUAGGCCAAAGGUAUGGUGCCAUCUUUUCGAGCGAUGGAUCGAUCCGCCUCUAUAUCAAAUAAUCUUUGCUACGACUCUGCCUACUUCCCUCGCUACUUCCCAUGCCACUCGUCGAGUGUGUGGCUGGAGUAUUUAGGUCUCUACUAUUGGUAACGACCUCCCUGUACCACGGCGACAUCACCGUUUUUAUUGUGUCAAUUAAAUGAGGUAAAUCAUUUAAUCUCAGCAGGUAUGCUUAGCUUGGUGGAAAGAGAUAAUGAAUCUUUAACCCUUUUCCAGACCGCACCAAUCUACAAGGUUUUUUAAAAAAAAGCAAAUAUAUUCUAACUGGCCAGCUUUGAUUUGAAGACGUCACAUUUUCUAAAAGUGCAAUCUAAUUUGAACCUUAAAUCGGACUGCUAAGGUCGAAAUUCUAUUGGCGCAUGUGUGGUCUAUUAAUCGUACUGCCUGGAAAAGGGGUUCAAUACCGUAAAUUAUAAUACCAGUUCGCCAGAUUUAUCCUACCAAACAAUUUAUCCUAAAGGCAUCCUAUCCUAAAGGCAGGCAUACCAUGCCUGUCACGUUCUAACAAGUAUGUAAGUGUGAAAGUGACCGGCAUAGUCACAAGCAAUAAAAAUGCAACCAUGCUGCCACCGCAAGGUUAGACGUUUUCUUCAUAAAAGUUAGUAAAAAGGCUUUUAGGACAAAUAGUUAUGUGAUAACUAUAUAGUACAGUCAAGUGUAAAAAUAAGGGUGCACACAUGAUACUCAAUAGUAGUUUGUGUUACAAGGGAUCAAAAUGAUAUAUUUCCGUCAAGGGCGUACAUUGAAUCCUGAGCGUAAUGAGAGGUUCAGGUGUUAACGCCCAAGACGAAAUAAUUUUGAUACCGUGUGACACAUACUGCUUUUCACAUCAAUAUGAGGAAAAUAAAAAAAUCUUAAUGUUGACACAAUUAUUAUGUUUCAUAAUAUUAUUCAAGCUAUAAAAAGAAUACAAAAAAUAACAAAAACAGUGUCCUAGAACAGAAAAGUGUCACUUUGACCCCCCCUAGCAGGGAGGAAAAGUGCCACUUUGAUCCCUCCUGGCGGGGAAGAAAAAGCCCUUUUCCGAAUAGGUGAUGUGAAAAAAUAAUUGUGUCCCAUAGCUCUUAUGUCAGCGAAUUUAGAACUAUGGGACAUAUUUUUGAGUAUGAUGUGAUUUUUACACUUGACUGUACUAAAUACUACGUACACGUACUCCUUUGUAGCUGUGUACUUCGAGUUUUUUUUUUCUUCAUUUUAACUGAAUGAUUGUUUUAAGGAAUUCAUAAUUUUAUGAAAAUAUUACAAUCCUAUUUAGAAUUAUGGUUUUAGUUGAAUAAUAGUUUAGAAUGCAAAUGUAUCACUAGCCCGCCACAUGUUUGUAAUCUUUACAUACCUAUGUUAUUUUGUUAAUAUUUAUUCGUAAUCUAAAAAUUAAUAAAAUUCAUAAAUGAAAUAGAGGUCGCCAGAAAUGUUAACAGCUUUACUCCUAAACGAAUUCAUAAAUCAAAUAAUUAUUUGUUAACGUUCAUAUUCACUUUCUAAAGAUUUGAAAUCAUGGUUAAUAAUGUAGUACAGAUCUGUUUACAUCAUUGGCGACUUCUAUCCACCCAGGGGAAUCGCACUAAAGCGUGUCGCGACGCCAUUUUGUAAGCACGGGAUGCACAAGAUGGUAGACGCCGUUUUCUUAAACCAAAAGCUGUAACGAAAUGAUAUUUUUAUAUAGCGUGUAGUAUAAAAGUGAUCGCUUGAAUGACGUGCAACGUAUGAAAUGUACUAACUGAAGCGCCCAUGUAAAGAUUUUUUAAAUAAAUCUUUGUCUAAACA